AUGCACCUCACUCGCCUUGUACCGUAUGCUCUCUCGUUCAGCGCGUUGCUUGCUGUGAGCGAUGCAGCACAAGCGCCUACUAGGGAUCCGGCUUCGUACGUCGAUACCCUAAUCGGCACCCUCAACGGCGGCAACGUCUUCUCCGGACCCUCCACACCCUUCGGCAGCAUCAAACCAGGCUUCGACUCGGAUUCAUCCAACAACCAAGCCGGCUUUGUUCCCGAUGGCAAAUCUCUCAUCUUUGGCAUCAGUGCACUUCACGAUGACGGUACAGGAGGAAGACCUUCGCUGGGUAUGUCUUCGCUGCUGCCCCAAUACUGCCAGUUAGACACGGAAGAGGCAAGCUCGGGUUGCAAAUGGACCAGAGACGCCCGACGAACCCAGGUCAAGCUUGAUUCUGUCAGCACUUCUCCUGGAGAGCUUCAUGCUACACUCGCAAACGGCAUCGACGUGAAUGUUGCCGCAACGGACCAUGCUGCGAUUUACAACUUCCAGUUCUCGCGAGCGAUCAAGAGAGGGCCCUGGCCUGGAGCGCGCUCCUUAAAGCGACGAGGCUCACAAGUCGGAGAGGUGAAUCGAAAGAGAGCAAACAACAUGAAUCCAGUACUUGUGUUCGACUAUACGAAUGACCUUCAGAAGAGCGGUGGAGCUCCACCUAAUUCCCUCCGCAUCUCUUCUCUCACUCUCCCAGCAACGCCGAACUCAGCAGCUACAAAAGUGACGAGGAUCCAGACCAGUGCCACCUUCUCUCCGUCUUUCGGCAUAGGCACAUUCAAAGUCUACACAUGUCUCGACCUACCGCUAGUCCGAUCCUUCGGCAUCUUCCAAGAUUCCAAAUCCACACCUGACCUUACCAAACUCACCGACAUUGACGGCGAAGCUGGUGUAAUCCUUACUUUCGAUCAAGACAAACUUUCUUCCCCUCCCUACAAUGGCAACUUACCUGUCCGAAUGGCGAUCAGUUGGGUCUCCACUGAAGCAGCCUGCAAAUUUGCAGCUUCUGAAAUCCCUGCCUUCCUCUUCCCCACUGCACUUUCCACUACCGCCUCCUCCACCCACCAACGAUGGAACAACCUGCUCGGCGACUCGCUCACCAUCUCCCACGAUGGUGUUACAAAGGACGAUCUGACCCUCUUCUAUUCCUCUCUCUACCGCUCCUUCCUAUCCCCUAACAAUGUCACUGGGGACAAUCCUCGGUUUGAAACGUCGAAACCCUCCUACGACUCGCUCUACUGCAUCUGGGAUAGCGCUCGUACAAUUCAUCCUCUAUGGUCCCUUCUCGCACCCGCCGCGCAGGCUGAAGUGGUGGAAGCAAUCGUUGAAAUUCAACGCCAGGAGGGUUGGUUACCCGAUUGCAGGAUGUCCACCAAUCAAGGCUUCACUCAAGGUGGAAGCAAUGCUGAAAUGCUUCUCUCCGAUUCUUACGUCAAAGGUAUCCUACGCUCAGACACGGCUUUCUGGAAAGACGCACUGCAAGCUAUGCUGAAAGACGCCACCGUCGAGCCUCCAAGUUGGGGUCUUGUAGGGAGAGGAGGCAUAGCCGCACGUGCAAAAUUGGGCUAUGUUCCCAGGGGCGAUUCGGGUUCACCUGCUACUAUUGGAGCAACUCCUGGUCGAACUGCUUCCAGAACUAUAGAGUACGCAUACAACGAUUUCUCCAUCGCCCUCGUCUCGGCCGGUCUACAAAAUCGACGACUAUACGACAAGUACGUCCGGUUAAGCCAUGACACAUUCAAUCUUUGGAACAGCAGCAUUACCUCGGACCGUUUCACCGGUUUCCUUCAAGCGCGGGAGCAAGAUGGUACAUGGUCCUACCAAGAUCCCCGCCGAUGUUCUCCAGCGUUGGAACCAUUUGCUUGUUUCCUCGACAGAGGCGAGGGACAUGAUUUUUACGAAGCUUCUUCUUGGCAGUACUCCUUCUUCGCCCCGCACGAUAUGGCGACCGUGGUGAAGCUUAUGGGUGGACAUGGUCGAUUUGUCCAACGCUACGAUCAUAUGUGGAAGAAGGGAUAUGCUGAUAUAGGUGAUGAACCUGGAUUUCUCGCUGCCUUCAGCGCUAACUACGCUGUUGCAGGCUACUCCCACACGGUAGACACAGUUCUAGGACUGAUAAGCAGCAAGUUCAACACGACAAAGAACGGCUUACCGGGUAACGACGACGUUGGGGCGAUGGGAAGUUUAGUUGUUUGGUGUCAUUUCGGAUUCUACCCUGUUGCUGGGACUGCGGUUUAUCUCUUCAGUACACCACUGCUGGCUGGGUAUGAGAUCAAGAAUGCAGUUACGGGAAAGUCGUUCAGGCUGAAAACGAUCGGAUUUGACAGAGGCCGAAAGAACAAGUACAUUGUUGAAGCCAAGUUAAAUGGGAAAAAGUAUACCAAGAACUGGUUGUGCCAUAAAGUCUUCACAGAUGGAGCGCAAUUGGAGUUGACCUUGGGAGACAAACCAAACCAAGAGUUCGGUGGGAAGGAGGAAGACCUUCCACCCAGUCUUUCCACUGGCGGCUUCGAAUACAAUUCACCCGAUCUCGGCUGCUAA